ACCAAAACCACUUGUUGCGCCAUUGGAGUCCUUGAAGAGGCAGGACGCUGCAACAGGUGCAUGUACUGCAUCCUUACAAAAAAAAAAACCCUGAAGAUUAGACGCAACUUUAAAUGCCAAUCUGCUGAUUAUUCGGCCCAGACCGAGCGCACACAACCAGGAUGCCGGUUCUGACAAGCCCGGAGAUUGCUAAUAAGUUCAAGGAGAAAUGGCUGACGGCGUACCCGAGCGAUCAGGUCAUCUCGAAUGACUCUGCCCCACUCGACGACAGCCUCACAAGCCUCCACUGGCUUCAGAAUUUCUCCAUCGUCAGCGCGCAGCCGGAGCCACCCAACGGGGCCGCUGCGCAGGGCUGCCUCUCCUCAUCCACGUCCUCAUCCUCCCAUCAGCACCUCUGUCUCAAACGCUUCCCAGCCAGAGGGGGCACGGAGUCCCCAUCCAGCCCCCCAGCAGGAGACACCGCCUCCACCGGGAUGCCUCUUUACCUCGGCAGCCCCGACUCCACCUUAACGCCGCGCUUCUCCAACUACGCGCACCUCGGAAGCAGCUAUCCGCAGGUUCCCAUCCAAGCCAGCCCCCCUGUGGAGGUCGACUACAAGACCAACCCGAAAGUGAAACCACCUUAUUCAUACGCAUCUCUAAUCUGCAUGGCUAUGCAGGCCAGCAAGCAACCUAAAGUGACUUUAUCCACUAUUUACAACUGGAUCACUGAGAAUUUCUGCUACUACAGACAUGCGGAGCCCAGCUGGCAGAACUCAAUUCGUCACAACCUGUCCCUCAACAAGUGUUUCAAGAAGGUCCCCAGACAGAAGGAUGAGCCGGGCAAAGGAGGAUUUUGGCAGAUUGAUCCUCAGUAUGAGGACAUGUUCGUCAAUGGUAUCUUUAAACGGAGGCGAAUGUCGGCGAACAGCUACAACAGCGGCGCUCACAGACAGAACAAAUUGGUUCCAAGUUACCACAGCACCCAUGAUGGCUGCCCGUACCAACGUGGCAAGGAUAUAGGCGGUAAAAGAAAGCAGCUGGCCAUUAAGAACAACAGCAAGACAACAAGAGUGACCGAGUCCCCUCUUCUGGCGACGGACGCCAAUAAAGCAGACAUCCUGAGAGGGGAUUUCGACCUGACAUCCAUUUUUGAUGACGUCCUGAGCGGGAAUUGUAGCACCUUCGAGGAUUUGGACAUCAACACGGCUCUGAGCUCACUAGGCUGCGAGAUGGAGGUUUCCAUGCAAGGGAGGCAGCACUCGGCCGCGUUGGGGAGCUGGUGCGGCGGAGGAGGCGGUGAUCUCACGGGACAGAGUCCGCACCUGAACCACAUCCAGUCCUCCUACGGCUACCUGGAUGUGAGUUCCGCGUCAGCCGUCAAUGCGAUGGACCUUCACGUGCCGACGCAGCAUCCUCGACACCUGGAAGGACAAGAUCAGCUUCUGCAAAGUCAAAAUCAUCUGCCCAACUUCGAAGAGGCGUCAUCGCUGUUCCAGGAGCAGCCAGACGAGGCGGUGCUGCAGCCCUGGGAGGAGAUCAAGGAGGCGGUGCAGUCCAUUCCGCUGACUCUGGAUCAGAGCUUCGGCCUGUGUGAGAGCUUCUUUAUGGAGAUGCAGCCAUGGGAACGGGUCGAGGCCUACCUGUGAUCUUUCACACCAAACCUCAUUGACUCCCGAGUGGCAUCUGCAUCCAAUGAAAGCCUGAUUUCCAGCUGACCUUGAAGGGAUCAGCCGCCAACACCCCCUUUAUCAUGUCUUUUUCAUUCAAAUACCCUAAAACCAGACAUUUACGAUAAAUAUAGACAAUGACUAUAAAAACACAUUAACACUUUCUCAUGGUCGUUUUGAUUAUGUUCUAGAGGACAUGGACAUAAAACUUGUUAAAAAUGACUGAAAAAUCAGGCUGAAAAAUGUGGAUUUUUUCCGAGGCGUUCAGGUUCCCCAACCUGGAAUGGACUGCAGUCAUUUUUUUGUGGACUAUGUGACCAACGUGAAACACCCAGGACUCUAAAAGCACUCUCUUCGACUGAGCACUGUCGGGGUGGAACAAAGUGAGAAAAGACACUGGAUUCUAUUUUGCUACAUUAGCAUGCAGAUUUUUUUUUUUUUUGUUAUUUUUCACUAACAGUGCAGUAAAACAUCUCAAAUGUCAUCUCAAAUUUGUCUAUGCCGUGUGUGUGAUGAUGAAAGAUGCAGAUAACUUUACAUUUAUUGUCCCGAAUGAGCAAUCAAAUCCCUUACGGCUUUGCUAUGACAUCAUAUAUUUACUACAGUAUGUUAACAUAACGCAGGAACAGUUGCCAUUUUUAUUCAAUAAGCGGAAGCACAGACUCGAUGGAUUGCAAACAUUAUGCACUUUGAUAGACAUCUAUUCAUUUCUUCUUUUUUAGUUUUCACUGUAUUAAGGCUGGGUUUAUUGAUUAUAUUGCAGUUCUAAUGUUUUUUUGUCUCUUGCAAUAAUUUAUCUGGCUAAAAAUGUUUACUUUGGUUGGAUUUAUACUUAACAUAUUCUGGGAAUUUCUUCAUUAUAUUUCGCCAAAAUGUUUUGAUACAGAAAUAUGCAGGUCAUUGGUUUUUCACUGUUGAUUGAUUGGUGAUUGAUGAUGAAUUGAUGAAAUCUUAAAUUACAUGAUUUUUAACAUAUGAGAAUAAUAACGGUGUUGGAUGGAAAUGGGCACGUCCUCAAUAUAGAAAUGCUACGUUUUAAUCAAUGUAUCAUAUGGAUGGGUUCUAUUACUCUUCAAUCUUGCUAUGUUAUUUCCUUUGUACUUUUUUUAAUGAGCUGUUUAAACAUGCAACCAUGCUAU